AUGAAAAAUAAAAAAUCUAAUCAUUGUGUUCCAAGGAAAUUUAAUGACAACAAGGAUGUCAACGAUGUUAACGAGCAAUGCAAUCGGUUUGACUAUCCCAUAUCGUCAGCCAUGUUAAUAGCCCCUGCAUCGGCCCCAAUACAGCAGCCCUUUUCUGAUCGAUGGACAACUGCAGCUUUAGAAUUUGUUCCUAAUGUAGAUCCGACAGCAGGCAGCCCCAUUCCUGAUGAUCCUGUUCAGAAGAAGACGAGCAAACCUGAUGUGAAUCAGGUUAAAAAACACGUUGAGGAUCAAUUUGGUCCAUCUCAAUCUUCCUUUCCUCAUCAUGUGGCUGGUUCUUUGGGUUUAGGGUUUAGGGGCGAGUUAUAUGGAUAA